AUGAAAUUCAAGUUACCUGUGAAUUCUACCAGGCAAUACAAGGACCUGUGGAAUAUGAGUGAUGACAAACCCUUUCUAUGCACUGCCCCUGGAUGUGCAGAUCAGACCCCAACACCAACAAGAGUCUUGAAAAACUGUGAAGAAGUGGGUUUGUUUAAUGAGUUAGUGAGUCCAUUUGAGAAUGAAUUCAAGAAAGCCUCUGAAGACAAGAUUAAAAAAAUGCCUCUAGAUUUAUCCCCUCUUGCAACACCCAUCAUAAGAACUACAAUUGAGGAGCCCUCUGUUGUAGAAAGAACUCACCUGGAUAGUCCUUUACCUCAUCCGGAGUCUACUACCAGUGAUGAAAAGGAAGUACCAUUGGCACAAACUGCACAGCCCACAUCAGCUGUCAUUCAUCCAGCAUCAUUACAAGUUCCCAAUGUCCUGCUUACAAGUUCUGACUCAAGGGUAAUUAUUCAGCAGGCAGUACCCUCACCAACCUCAAGUACUGUAAUCACCCAAGCACCAUCCUCCAACAGGCCAAUUGUCCCUGUAUCAGGCCCAUUUCCUCUUCUGUUACGUCUUCCUAGUGGACAAACCAUGCCUGUUGCUAUCCCUGCAUCAAUUACAAGUUCUAAUGUACGUGUUCCUGCUGCAGUUUCACUUGUUCGACCAGUCACUGUGGUGCCUAGUAUCCCAGGAAUCCCAGGUCCUUCCUCCCCUCAGCCAGUAUUGUCAGAAGCAAAAAUGAGAAUAAAAGCUGCUUUUACACAGCAACAUCCUCCAGUUAUCAAUGGAGAUACUGUCAAAGGUCAUGGUAGUGGAUUGGUUAGGACUCAACCAGAGGAAUCUCGACCACAAUCAUUACAACAACCAGCCACGUCUGCUACAGAGACUCUGGCUUCUCCAGCUCACACAACUCCAAAGACCAAAAAUACAAGUGGUCGUCAAAGAAGAGCAGCUAAUGAAGAAGAUCGUGAUGAAAAAAGGAGGAAGUUUCUAGAGAGAAAUAGAGCAGCAGCUUCACAAUGCCGACAAAAAAGGAAAGUCUGGGUUCAAUCUUUAGAGAAAAAAGCAGAAGACUUGAGUUCAUUAAAUGGUCAACUGCAGAGUGAAGUCACCCUGCUAAGAAAUGAAGUGGCACAGCUGAAACAGCUUCUUCUUGCUCAUAAAGAUUGCCCUGUAACUGCCAUGCAGAACAAAUCUGGCUAUCAUACUGCUGAUAAACAUGAUAGUUCAGAAGACAUUUCAGUGCUGAGUAGUCCACAUCCUGAAGCUAUACAGCAUAGUUCCGUCAGCACAUCCAAUGGAGUCAGUUCAGCCUCCAAGGCAGAAGCUGUAGUCACUUCAGUCCUCACCCAGAUGGCAGACCAGAGUACGGAGCCUGCACUUCCACAGGUUGUCAUGGCUCCUUCCUCCCAGUCACAGCCCUCAGGAAGUUGA